UAUUGUUUUUUGUUAGUAAAUGCGUUAGGAGUAUUUCUGCCAGUGUUCGGUGCAGACCUCAGUUGUAUCAACUUACAAUGAGUAUUCUCUCCGUUGUAGCUCAUCUCUGUGUUGAUUAUAUUUGAUGCUGGUGUAGUUGUUGUACUUGGACUCGGUUGAAUGUGUUUUUGUCAACAAUCAGAAGAGUCCUUAGUAUAUGUUUGUUUGAAGUUCUUAUGAUACCAUGUCGGACAGAUAGCGACAGUCUCACAAUAUGAUCCACAUAACAUCAUGCUGCUGGUGCCUGGGUUUGGAGGCCGGCUCCAAAAUUAUAGGAUAUCUUCAUUUGCUGGUUUCCUUGGGUCUGAUGGUGCUGUACUCGGUGACCGCGAGGGAGGCCGGUCUGAUGAUGGGUACGGUAGAGGACGCGGUGGACGGCCUCUACUCCAAGGUUUACUACAUCGCCGUGUCGCUCGCUGUGUUCACCGUCCUCCACGUGACGCUCGCUGUCAUUCUGAUCUGCUCUGUUCAUAAACGCCAGGUGACGGGUGUCCGUGUGUGGGUGUGGUCCAUGCUGUUCCUGCUGCUGCUGUCCUUGUCUUAUGUUCUGUACUCCAUGACCCUCGGCUUCACGUCCUCCGGCUCGCACAUCUUCCUCACCUUCGUCGAGGGAACCAUUUUCUUUUGUGUGCUGAUGUACUGCAUCCUGUGCGUCCACAGCUACUCCCUGUUGUUGCGCAGCUUCGAAGACCCCGUCUCGUGCGGCACUGCCGAUUACCACUAAGACACGGUUCUAUUAUAUUAUAAGCAGACAAAUGUUAUGCAUUUAUACGUUAUGUACACAAAUGAUUCUCUGUUAACUUAUGAUUUAGUUCAACAUCUCCGGUCCAGUUGGCUAAACUAACUCCUGUCAAACGGGAUAUUAUAAGCCAGUUAGUGCUUCAUUAACAUAAAUAUUUCUGUCACAGUCUAUGGACCUACUGGAGAGAGUAAUAUCACUGUAGUAAUGUAUCUAUCUAUAUGUGUAUAUAUUUUGAUAUAAAUUUUUGCUAUCCAUUGAUAACCGGGAGAGUUAGCCGUUUAUCAAUGUUCAUGUCACUGAAGUCUUAAUUGUCAAUGUUAUUAAGUCUACAAAGCUAUUUUGAAUAUUUUAUUCUAGUGAAGGCCAUUUUAAUAUAGUAUUAGUUAUAAGACCAAAUAUUAAGUCAUUAAAAACUGAUUUGUCUUAAGAUGACCGGACUGUCGGUGGCUGUUAAAUGAUGAAGCAGAAGUAUUAAGAAGGUUUCAUUAUAGAUAGGUCCUAUUAAUCAAACCAGAGUAAUGAUUCAAAUCAUGAAUAUUUGAAAUAUUCAAAUAUUUCAGGAAUUUUCGCUAUAAAUAGGUGUAAACGUGAUUUACAUUUGAAAAGUGCUCUUAAAAUACAAAUUCAAGAAAACCAAUUGUCUCCAACAUAUUAUGUAUAUUAAUAUAUGAAUGUGAAUGUGUUGUACCGACCUCGGUCAUAAAUGUAUUUUGAUAUUCUCAAAUAGUUAUUUAAGAAUAAUAUUCAUGUAGCGCCACACAUCUGUGUAAAUUAUUGUAUGUGUUGGUUGGAUCGAGGAAAUAUUGAUAACAAACAAUGACUGUGUGGACCAGAACAGACGUACAUACAAUACUAGUUUCCAUGAUCCUCCUGGUUUUGGUGUAAAAACAGGGAUGUCAUUAAUAUACAGCUACAUUUAUGAUAAGAAAAUACAACAGCUGUCGUGAAAACGGAAAUGUUAAUGAAACUAUGAUAAUACUUAAUAUUUUUAACGUAAAUGAUAAAAAAAUAUAUGUUAGUCUUCAACAUGUUACUUCUUUGUUAAAUAAUGUUUUAUAGUUUAUCUGUGAAGAGUGUCUUAUCUGUACCUGAAACAUAAUUAAGAUUUAAAGUCCCUCCGUAUCAAAGAAUAAUUUUUAUAUUUUAAUAAUUACGAUUUUAUAUGAAACAGAUAUAUAUUUUAUUAUACACAGAUCUGAGCAAACGGUUCUCAAUUACAGGAGAGCUAUGAGGGUAUGAAAACAUAAUAAAAUUUAAUAUAUAUAUAUACUAGGUGCGCUUUUUGUAUGUUAGGAUGUACCUCACCUGGUGUAAGUUGAGGAGUGCUUAUGGCUUCUUAUUGCUUUUGAUAUGAAAUAACUCACAUCUACUGAGAUGUGUUCUAAGAAUGAAUGUUACAUUAUAAUAUUAGUUAGAUGUUAGCUAUUAUUAUGACAUAAAACAAACAGAGUGCCACAAUCUAUAUGCUUUUUGAUGUUUUUACAUGUUUUUAAAGUUACCAAUCGAUGUGAUGACGUCACACCUUAAUAUUGAUAAAAUAUGAAAAAUGCUGCACAAAGUUUUAGCUGUUUUUGUUUGAUGUUAAAUGGGUGUUAUGUUAUUCAUUUAAAUGAUCUCUGUAAGGUUUUUCUUACAGACUAAGUGAGCCAUAUUUCCAAAGUUUUUUCCUGUUAUUAUAAUUUACUAUUAUACUAUUAUUAGUCAACAGCUAACAUUUUUGUGUGGAAUCUGUUCAGUCAUCGACUUCUUACUGAGCCUACGGAUUACAAUCAAAACUUGAUUUCUAUUAUGAUCUUAUAUUAAAUGUUACGUGUUAUGUUAUUCUUGUAUCUUCUAAGAUAGUUGUAAGCACAGAGUGACUUACCUGCUAUUAUAUUCGCUUAUAUACAUGUGUACUUUUUUUGUAAUUAUGCAAUUGUUAUUUAAAUGCUGGUUACAUUUUA